AGACGACAUGAUCCCGAACUGAAGUCUCAACGGUUUUUAUCGCCCUUUCGUCUUCUUACCACACAAAACACAAAUUCAAAAUAGAGAGAACAGAGAAAAUAGAAGAAGAAAAGAAGCCCUUUUUAAGGUGAAAAGAAUGGAGAGUAAGGAGGAUGUUGUUUCUGUUGAGCUUCCUGCACCUGCUUCUUGGAAGAAACUGUUUUUCCCCAAGAAAGUUGGUUCACCAAGGAAGACCGAGAUCAUGUUCAUUGCACCAACUGGGGAGGAGAUUAGUAGCAGGAGACAAAUGGAGCAGUACCUAAAAGCACACCCAGGUAAUCCACCAAUAAAGGAGUUUGAUUGGAGUACCGGUGAGACCCCUAGAAGAUCGUCAAGGAUCAUUGAAAAGGCCAAGGCUACUCCAACACCGGAAAAGGAACCCCCAAAGAAGCGAGUCCGAAAAUCAUUGAGUGCUAAGAAGGAAGAAAAGGAAACAGAGGCCAAUCCUGAAAAAGCUGAAGGUGAGAAAGAAAGUGAAAAGGAAGAUGCAGAAGCCGCUGAGCCUGAAAUGGGAACUGCAGAAGUUGAAAAAGAUACUUCCAUCGAAACUCAGGUUCACGAUGGAGGUAAAGCAGAAGCAACGGACCAGACUGAGCACCCUGAUGCCAAGAUGGAGGAAGCUGGACGAGAAGAAGCUGUUAAGGAUGUUAAGGUUCUAGAAACUGCAGAGGCUGUCAAAAAAGAAGAUUCUGCUGGGACUGAAGAAACCCCGACUCCAAUACAGGUUCAAGAGAAACCUGCAGAAGAUGGGAUUCGAACUGGAAAGGAAAAGGAGGAAGCCCCUACAGAAAAGGUGCCAGAAACUCAGGCAGAGACAGAGAAUGGUACAUGUGAGAAACAGUCAGAAGAUACGGAAACCGUGACACUGGGAGCUAACGAGGGAGUAGAGAGAGAGAAUCCAAAGGGAGGAGUCCCUAUAUCCGAGGGAGAAGUCAAAGAGAAACAACGAGGUUUAGAGGUAGAGGACAAAGGCAAGGCAGUAGAUGCAGAGAUGAUCGAAAACGGUAAGGUUAAAGAAAGUGAACAAGCUGAUACCACACAACCUAGAGGAGCUGCUGCUCCUGUGAGCAGCUAAAUAAUCCAAUGUCCGAGCUACCCCGUUUACUUUCUUUUCUGUUUUUUUCUGUGUAACCUGUGAUUCCAUGGAUGACUGUAACAUUAAUUAUGUAUCUGCUAGAUUUGGUUGUCAGUUGGAUAACAAUCCACCUGUACCCUUGUAAGAAGUAGGUAUGAAAAUUGCAGCUUUUGUUACAUUGUGCAGAACUUAGAUUGUAGGCACCCGGAACUCAUGAUUUAUGGUUUGUUGCUUAAGU